CUCAUCACAACUUAUUGAUUUAUUAUUUUUAUGGUUAAAUUUGGGGUAUUGAUUGUGCGCCGUGUCAUGUGCAUUCUCUACUGCUGGGAGGAAGCGUUCCUCGACUUUUUGGAUCGCCACAACACCAAAAUACAGGCCGUGCUGCAUCCGCUCUCGAUGGCAUCGCUGCUGUCGGUCAUUGGAUUUCUGCUCAUCUACGAUAUGCUCUAUGCACUUCCAGGGCUUAUGGAUAGCCAGGGACUGUGCUACAAGCUGAACUGCAUGUGGAGCAUCUUUAUGGUGUACAGCAUCUUUAGCAAUUUGUGGGUUUGCUUCUGGACGGACACCUCGGUGCAGGCGCUGCCCGCGCACCGCUUGCGGCCGCCUCAAGAGGAGGCUCAUCUGUGGCACUACUGCGCCAGCUGUGAAAUUAUGGUGCCACCGCGCGCUUGGCACUGCCGCCUGUGCAAGGUGUGCAGCCUGAAGCGGGACCAUCACUGCACCUUCACCGCCAACUGCAUUGGACACUUCAAUCAGCGCUACUUCCUGGUAUUUCUCUUCUAUGGAACGCUGGGCAGCUUCCAGUCUCUGGUCUACAAUUUUAUGUUUGUGUGGAAAAGUGGUGCCUUCAUCGUUGCGGAUCCCUUUCUGAUCAUGAGCUUCGGGCAGCCUAGCAGAGAUCCAUCCAUGGGCUGGAAAGUCCUCACAUCUAUGGUGCUCAAGGUAAAUCUCGUCGCUGCCAUGGCCGCCGGUGGCAUGUUCUUUAGUCAAGUGUUGAUGGUCUACCGGAAUAGCACCUGCUUCCUGAUGUCCGACCGCACGUACGAUCUGGGAGCCAUGAAUAACUUUCGCCAGGUGCUGGGCAGGCGUGGAUUCUGGACGCUGCUCUCGGCGCAUCUGAAUAGUCCGCUGCCCCAUGACGGCACCGAGUGGCAGAUGACCAAGCACACGGAUGUCUAGCUAUGCUAUUAAAACCCACACUGUAUCAUCUCCACAA